CUUGUGUUACCUUGUUCCUCCGAUCGAUUCGCGCUCCUUCGAUGGCUACCUGCCGCCGGGAAGACCAUGGCUGGACUGCAAACCGCUGUUGGCUUCGGGCUCGCCCUGCACUGCGGUGCCACCUCCUUCCACGGUGAGCGGACCUUUGAGCUUGAGGAGAUCUUGUAUGGCGAGACCGAGAAUAACCUAAAUCUCUUGCAGAGACGCGCUUUGGAAAGGGGAAGAACCACUGGCAGGUCGAUAUGGCUUACAGAUUUCCACAUCGACCCUUUUUACUUGACAUCAGAACGCCAAUGUGUGAAGAAGAACGUGAGCACUCUGAGGAACUUCAGCUUCGGCAUCAUGGGUUGCGAUCCUCCCAUGUCCUUGGCGCGCUCGGUGGUGAGCGCCGUUGAACACCUGGAGAAAUCUCACGAGAAGAAGUCCGACUACGUGAUCUUCACUGGAGAUUUCACAAGACAUCACCCGGAGACACUUCAGCAUCCCUUUGAGAAUGUCUCCGGCAUCAUUGGUGAAGUCUCCUCAGCAAUGAAUCACCUGAGACCUGGGCAGUAUGUCUUUGGUGCCCUGGGCAAUGAUGACAAUCCCGCAAAUUAUUUCCAAAACAUUACCAGCAACAAGUCCUCAAACCGAUGGUUUGAAGCAGUCGGCCAUCAGAUUGAGACUGCUCAUUGCAUGAGCAAAGAGACCCGGAAGCAGUUCAACUAUGGCAGUUUUUUUGAGAUGCAGAUUGGCAAUUUGACGAUUCUCAGCAUUGCAACCGUCAUAUAUUCUGUGAAGCAUGCCCCUGCCAACACAUCUGGGCAGGACCCAUUUUACCAAUUUGCUUGGUUGCGGCAGAAGCUCUUUGAAGCUGUCCUGGAAAAUCGAAAAGUGUGGAUCGUAGGUCAUGUGCCACCUGGAAUGGAGACCUUUGGAUACAGCGAGAAUUGGCAGCCACGCUUUGUGCAAGACUAUUUGGACAUUGUGCAGGAUGAAGUCUUGGGAAGUGUCAUCGCAGCUCAACUAUUUGGACACGUUCACAAAGACGAGAUCCGGCUUUUGCCUCAUCCUGUACGCGGAGCUGGGCCUAUUUUCUUGUCAUCGGCACUCAGCCCUGUCUACUACAAUAAUCCGUCAUUCAAGACUGUGACCUAUGAUAAGCACACUGGAGACUUUCUGGACUUUGAUGUGUUUCUGACUCGGAUCUCCAAUGUCUCUGCUUUGGAGUGGGAAUUUGGCUAUGGCUUCAAACGUCUCUACCAAUUGCCAAAUCUUAGCAUGGAGAGCCUUGCAACAAUGGCAUCUCAACUGUUGGAAGGUGAAAGCACAUGGAAAAGUUAUGCCUACUGGUACACGGCUGGAUAUCCAAACGAUCUUCAACGCUUUUCUGCGAAUGCCAGCGAUUCUCCUGAAGAAGCUGCCAUACGUUUAUUCAGACGGCACCAGUAUGUGUGCGCAAUCACGAUUCAAUCAGCAGAAAGCUAUCAAGAAUGUGUGGAUUCCGCCACUGUGAUCUCCUGGCGCUCCAGAUCAGCGCGCGACGCGAGCGGCGAGCUUGGUGGCGCGGGUCCGAGGACGAGUGUGCAUCGCUUGGUUCAAGGAAUCCCUCAAGACUUGGAGGAGGAGGAGCAGAUGAUCUUAGCGAGAUUGCUGAGGUGGGCAGAGCUUCGUCACGUGUCAGAGGCGGCCCAGAUCAUCGGCUGGGCUGAGCAACACCGCUGGAGGAAGCUCUUGAAGACGUAUGGGCCAUCGGUGGAGAAGGCGCAAGAGACCGGGGUCUCCUUAGAUGAUAUCUUCACAAGACCCGGCACCUCUGAGAGAUGAGACUCCUGCGUGCACCGACGAUCCUGACCAGUCGACCCAAAUGCAAGCACCGCUGCAACGUCACGCGGAAAAAGGUCUGGC